AUGCCAGUCGGCAGCCCAGCAGCUCCCCUCACAGAUCAAGAGAGGGAGGAGCUGCGGCAGCGGCUGCAGCAGCGGCGGCAGGAGCUGCAGCAACAGCAGCAGCACGUGCGGCAGCUACAAGGGAGAGCUACUGAUGCCGUAAGGGAGAGUGUAUUGGCAUACGGCAAUGCAGGUGUACAGACAGGGGAAGAAACAGAUAUAUCGCAGAGCGUUGCCUCCUUGCUGCAUGAUGUACUCACGGCGGUACACUCGGAUGCCCCAGCCCCACAGCAGCUGCCUGCUGCUGCAGCAGCAGCAGCAACAACAGCAGCAGCAACAGCAGAUGGCCAAGGACCUGCUACUAAGGCACUCCCCGUUGCUUCCUCCCGACCAGGUGCAGUACAUGGAGCUGCAGCACUCGAGUAA